CAAACACUGCUCAUAAUGGGAGAGUUAAUGGUUUAUGCUAUACGAAUGAUGGACUUCAUCUAUUGACCAUUGGUACAGAUGAUCGGAUGCGACUCUGGAACAGUUCCACUGGAGAAAACACGUUAGUGAAUUAUGGGAAAGUCUGUAAUGAAAGUAGAAAAGGACUCAAAUUCACCAUCUCUUAUGGCUGUAAUCCAGAGUUUGCCUUUGUACCAUAUGGUAGUACCAUUGCUGUUUAUACAAUUUUCACAGGAGAACUGGUAACUAUGCUUAGAGGGCAUUAUAGUACUGUCGACUGCUGUGUAUUUCAACCUAAUUUUCAGGAACUUUAUAGUGGUAGCAAAGAUUGCAAUAUCCUUGCGUGGAUACCAGCUCUUCGAGAGCCAGUUCCUGAUGACAUUUCUGAAAAGUCUCUGCCUCAAGAGCAUUUAAAUCCAGCAUAUGAAGAUGCAUGGAGCAGCAGUGAUGAUGAAGGCUGAAUUUCAAUUACUUGCUGAUAUAAAAUUGACCUUCAGGCACUGUGUUCAUGGACUUUAUCUACAGAAUUGGAUAUUGUCAGAUUUGUUACAACUGGAUUUUUGGUACAGCUCUCUUAGAGCAAGGUGUUUCAGAAACAAUUUUCCACUCUCCUCUGUGUUCUUUCUUCACUGUUACAGUUAAACCUAAAGGAUUACUUUUUCAUACAUAUGGACCUUUAUACUUACUAUUACACAUUGGUAUACUUUAUUUAGUGUUGAACAGCUGAUAAAGGAAAAAUAAAAGCCGUUGGGACCAG